GCUGACACAUCACAUCCAUUCAUCAUGUAUGCCAAUGGAAAGGUGGCACUGGUCACUGGAGCUGCCCAGGGAAUUGGAAGAGCUAUGGUGGAGGAACUUCUACACAAGGGAGCUAAUCUGGUAAUGGUGGAUCAGAAUCGCAUAUCUGGUGAAGAGUGCAAAGCUUCCUUGGAUGAGCAGUUUGGAAGUCACAGGACAAUGUUUAUCCAAUGUGAUGUCACAGACCAGGAACAACUAAGAGAUGCCUUUCAGAGAACAGUGGAACAUUUUGGAAGGCUGGACAUAUUGGUAAAUAAUGCUGGCGUUAAUAAUGAGAAAGACUGGGAGAAAACUAUUGAAGUGAACCUGAUUUCAGUUAUUAGAGGAACCUAUAUUGGCCUAGAACUUAUGAACAAGAAGAAUGGAGGUCAAGGAGGUGUCAUCAUCAACAUAUCAUCUCUGGCAGGGCUCACACCUGCUGCCUACCAACCAGUAUACUCUGCUUCAAAGCACGGGGUAAUUGGAUUCACAAGAUCAAUAGCAGCGCUUGCAUCUAUUGGAAACUAUGGUGUACGAAUAAAUACAGUGUGUCCUGCCUUUGUAGACACGCCACUUCUAGAGUCUAUUGAGAAAGAAGAAAAUAUGGGAGAAUUCUUUAAAUACAAGGAUAACAUAAAAGACAUGAUGAAAUCUUUUGGUGUGCUUGAUCCAUCCCUCAUUGCCAAAGGAAUGGUGAGUCUCAUAGAAGAUGAUGGAGCUAAUGGAGCUGUUAUGAAAAUUACAACUUCUCGGGGGAUCCACUUUGAAGAAUUUGGAGCACAUCAGAAAACAAAAGUGUGAAACUUUGAAUUUCCUUUUUUUGGUUAACAAUAGCUCAAACCAAACACAGAUUGCUGUUAUAUAAAGAAAAA